UACCACAGGCGUCGUCCCCACCCACCAGGACAAAAAAAAAAAAAAAACACAAGCCAGCCCCCAAUCCCCCCAAUUUGCCGCAACUUCCCUACCCCGAUCUCGCCGGCCAAUCGAAUCGAAUCGAAUCCCCAAUUAAUCGCAGCUUCUCUUCCCGGAUCUCUCCGGCCACCGACCGCCGCCUCCUCCGUUCUCUCUGCCCAUUUGACACAACCUCCUCCGCCCCCACAAGCCUCCCAAACCUAGGCGGCGGCGGCGAGAUGGGGAAGCACGAGUUCCUGACGCCGAAGGCGAUCGCGAACAGGAUCAAGGCGAAGGGGCUGCAGAAGCUGCGGUGGUACUGCCAGAUGUGCCAGAAGCAGUGCCGCGACGAGAACGGCUUCAAGUGCCACUGCAUGUCGGAGUCGCACCAGCGCCAGAUGCAGGUCUUCGGCCAGGCUCCCGACCGCGUCGUCGAGGGCUUCUCCGAGGAGUUCCUCGACGCCUUCCUCACCUUGCUCCGCCGCGCCCACCGCCACUCCCGCAUCGCCGCCACCGUCGUCUACAACGAGUUCAUCGCCGACCGCCACCACGUCCACAUGAACUCCACGCGCUGGGCCACGCUCACCGAGUUCGUCAAGUUCCUUGGGCGCGAGGGCCACUGCAAGGUUGAGGACACGCCCAAGGGGUGGUUCAUCACCUACAUCGACCGUGACUCCGAGCAGGCCGUUAAGGCUAGGCUCAAGCGCAAGAGGAUCAAGUCUGACCUCGCGGAGGAUGAGCGGCAGGAGCGCAUGAUUGAACGGCAGAUAGAGCGAGCCCAGCAAUCCAUGGCUAAAACUAAUGGUGAGCACAGUGAUAAUGCUAACCUGGAUGGUAGCGAAGGUGAGUCCGGCAGUGAGGAUGAGUAUUCGGACUCUGAGAAUGAUCAUGACGAACAUGGUGAUAAUACAAAAGAGGCCAACAAAGCAGCAGGGAAGAUUGCAAUUGCAAUUCAGCGGGCUGCGCCAGGGCCAAAGGUUAACCCUUUUGAUGAUAAGCCAAAGGUUAAAUUUGGUUUCGAGGAAGAAGAUGAGGUGGGCAUGUGGGAUAAGGAGAAGGACGAGACGGCCAAGAAGAAGGGAAAGGAUUCUAUAAAUGCAGCAGAAGCUAGGAGGUCAGCAUUGGAUGAGCUGAUGAAGGAGGAGGAGAAAGCGAAGGAGCGGAGCAAUAGGAAGGAUUACUGGCUAUGCCCAGGUAUUGUGGUUAAAGUGAUGAGCAAGUCGCUGGCAGAGAAGGGGUACUACAAGCAGAAGGGGGCUGUGAAAAGGGUGAUUGAUAAGUAUGUUGCGGAGAUCGAGAUGCUGGAGAGCAAGCAUGUUCUUAGGGUUGAUCAAGAUGAGCUUGAGACAGUUAUCCCUCAGAUUGGUGGGCUGGUGCGGAUUGUCAAUGGAGCUUACCGAGGAUCUAAUGCAAGGCUGCUGUCAGUGGACACGGAGAGAUUCUGUGCCAAAGUGCAGGUUGAGAAGGGCCUCUAUGAUGGGAAGGUUAUUAAAGCCAUUGAGUACGAGGACAUUAGCAAGAUUGUUCAGUGAGAUACCAUGGAAUUCCAUCUCAUUUCCUGGAGCAUUACUGUUGUCAAAUGCUAACAUGUGACUAGAUCUUUCUGUUUGUUGUGCUAGAGUUUGUUCUAUUGAAGAACAUUCACAUGUUGAUGUUUCUAGUUCAUUCUAGCUGCUGAAAGAACAAUUUGUAAGAAAAUGGUCCAGUGCUUUCUUGCUUGUUUGGUGACUAGAAUGGUAUGCCAAUUUUGUAACAUGUGACCUCUCUAUAUUUGUUUCCAAUAGAUUUUGUUAGAAACUACCAA